GAGGAUGAGUGAUAAUUUGUACCUUUUGUAAGCAAACUGAAUGAGAGUACUAUUAGAAACCUAUGGAUUGAAGCCUUCAUUCAUCAGAGAAAAUCUGCGGCUCUGUGCCCUUCCUCUCAACCCAAUUCCUUAGGUCCUCUGAAUACAGCAGUGACCUGGGAGUUCUUGCAUCUGCUCCUGGCUCCUGAGAAGGGUCCUGCCAACUCUGUAUUGUCCUGUUGGAUUUGCAGUCAGAAGUCUGAGGCUGGCAGGCACUGGGCAGGCAAUGAGUUCUUUCCCUGUAAGUUGGGCACAAAAAGAUCGGCAUGGGAGCAGCCUCCUUUGAGACAGCUGCUCUGAGAGGACGCAAUAAGCAGGGAGCAGCCAGAAAUUCCUCCUAGCAGAGGGUGACUUGUGGGAGGAGUCCAGUUUGCCAAGUAUUGUCGUUUGUUGAGAGAAGGUGUGUGCUCAAGGAGGAGUUUUAACCUGGAGGAUCAUUAACUGUUUUAGUCGGCUGAGGAGGUGCGGUGGCUCAGUGGCUCGGCGAGUUGGAGUUUGUCCUGGAAGCAUCUGCCCGGCAAGGUCAGGAAGGAGGUGUGGAAUCACUUUUUCAUGGGACACUUUGAGAAGGGCCAGCACGCUCUGCUCAAUGAAGGAGAAGAGAAUGAGAUGGAGAUAUUUGGCUAUCGGACUCAAGGCUGCCGGAAAAGUCUCUGCCUUGCCGGAUCCAUCUUCUCAUUUGGAAUCCUCCCCUUGGUGUUUUACUGGAGACCAGCGUGGCAUGUAUGGGCACAUUGUGUCCCAUGUUCCUUGCAAGAAGCAGACACUGUGUUGCUGAGGACAACGGAUGAAUUCCAAAUUUACUCUUGGAAAAAGGUAAUAUGGAUCUACCUGUCAGCAUUAAACAGCGCAUUUGGUCUCACUCCUGACCACCCUGUCAUUACAGAUGAGGAGGAUAUCAUAAACAGAGCCAUAAGAAAGCCAGACCUAAAGGUGAGAUGCAUAAAAGUGCAGAAAAUAAGAUAUGUUUGGAACUACUUAGAAGGACAGUUCCAGAAAAUUGGCUCUUUGGAAGACUGGCUCAGUUCUGCCAAGAUACAUCAAAAAUUUGGAUCAGGCUUGACAAGAGAAGAACAAGAGAUUAGGAGGUUAAUAUGUGGGCCUAAUACUAUCGAUGUUGAAGUUACACCAAUUUGGAAACUGCUCAUCAAGGAGGUUCUAAAUCCAUUUUAUAUAUUUCAACUCUUCAGUGUCUGUUUGUGGUUUAGUGAAGACUAUAAGGAAUAUGCUUUCGCCAUCAUAAUCAUGUCCAUAAUUUCCAUAUCUUUGACCGUAUAUGAUCUCAGAGAGGUUUCUAGAUACUGUUGGAAAAAAAAUUACAUAGAACAGAUUGGUUGGUUGCACUCUAAAUCUGCGAAUUCCAACCUCAUCUGGGCAAGCCUUCUGUUCAUCUCUAAUCGAGGUACUCUCCCGUCCUCUGAAAUGAGGGUUUCAAGCCAUCUCUGUCUUCUGGUGUCUGAGAUGCCCGUCUUCUCAUAUUCCACUCUUUCUUUAAUUCAGCAGAUAUCACUGAUUUCACAAUUUUUUUGGACAGAUGGGGUCUACUGUGUAUUUCUUAAAGACAAAGACAUUUUCCUACAUGAAGGACAGUGCAACCAGGAAGUUAAUAUUGACACGUUUCUCCCAACUAAUGCUGGAGUUCAAGAGCUGGAAUCACACGUCCUGGUGCCUGGAGAUUUAUUAAUUUUGACAGGGAACAAAGUGCUAAUGCCAUGUGAUGCCGUUCUGAUUGAAGGCAGCUGUGUAGUGGAUGAAGGCAUGCUGACAGGAGAAAGUAUCCCAGUCACCAAAACUCCGUUACCCAAGGUGGAUAGCUCUGUGCCCUGGAAAACACAGAGUGAAGCGGAUUACAAACGGCAUGUCCUCUUCUGUGGAACAGAGGUUAUCCAGGCCAAGGCAGCUUGCUCUGGGACCGUGAGAGCAGUGGUACUGCAGACCGGAUUCAACACUGCAAAGGGAGACCUUGUGAGAUCCAUUCUCUACCCCAAGCCAAUGAAUUUUAAGUUGUACAGGGAUGCCAUCAGGUUCCUCCUGUGCCUUGUAGGAACAGCCACCGUUGGGAUGAUCUAUACCCUGUGUGUCUAUGUGCUCAGUGGGGAACCUCCAGAGGAGGUGAUGAGGAAAGCCCUUGACGUCAUCACAAUUGCGGUUCCUCCUGCUCUGCCUGCUGCUCUGACCACAGGCAUUAUCUAUGCCCAGAGGAGGCUGAAGAAGAGCGGCAUCUUCUGCAUCAGCCCCCAGAGGAUCAAUGUGUGUGGACAGUUAAACCUGGUCUGCUUUGACAAGACAGGCACCUUAACAAGGGAUGGCUUGGACCUCUGGGGAGUCGUGUCCUGUGAUAGGAAUGGCUUUCAGGAAGUUCACAGCUUUGCCUCAGGCCAGGCUUUGCCAUGGGGCCCACUGUGUGCGGCGAUGGCCAGCUGCCACUCUCUGAUCCUUCUUGAUGGGACCAUCCAGGGAGACCCUCUGGACCUCAAAAUGUUUGAAGCCACCACCUGGGAAAUGGCUUUUUCUGGGGACGAUUUCCACAUCAAGGGAGUGCCGGCACAUGCCAUGGUGGUUAAGCCCUGCAGAACAGCCAGCCAGGUCCCAGUGGAAGGAAUCGCAAUCCUGCAUCAGUUCCCAUUCUCAUCAGCUCUGCAAAGAAUGACAGUCAUUGUCCAAGAGAUGGGAGGUGACCGACUGGCAUUCAUGAAAGGUGCACCAGAGAGGGUGGCCAGCUUUUGCCAACCUGAGACAGUACCCACUAGUUUUGUUAGUGAGCUUCAGAUUUACACGACACAGGGCUUUCGAGUCAUAGCGCUGGCCUACAAGAAGCUGGAAAAUGACCACCACACCACCGCCUUGACGAGGGAGACGGUCGAAUCAGACCUGAUAUUUCUGGGGCUGCUGAUCUUGGAGAAUCGAUUGAAGGAAGAGACAAAACCUGUCUUGGAAGAGCUCAUCUCAGCCCAGAUAAGGACUGUAAUGAUCACAGGUGACAAUCUUCAGACUGCAAUAACAGUGGCCAGAAAAUCUGGAAUGGUUUCUGAAAACCAGAAAGUCAUUCUCAUUGAGGCAAAUGAAACCAACGGGUCCUCAUCAGCAUCUAUAUCUUGGACAUUAGUAGAAGAGAAGAAACACAUUACGUAUGGGAAUCAGGACAAUUACAUUAACAUCAGGGAUGAAGUCUCUGAUAAUGGCAGAGAAGGAAGUUACCAUUUUGCCCUAACUGGAAAAUCCUUUCAUGUUAUAAGUCAACAUUUUAGCAGCCUACUGCCAAAGAUACUGAUCAAUGGGACCAUCUUUGCAAGAAUGUCUCCCGGGCAGAAGUCCAGUCUGGUGGAAGAAUUUCAGAAACUGGAUUACUUUGUAGGUAUGUGUGGUGACGGAGCCAAUGACUGUGGGGCUCUGAAAAUGGCUCAUGUGGGCAUCUCUUUAUCAGAGCAGGAGGCAUCUGUGGCCUCACCUUUCACUUCCAAAACUCCAAACAUUGAGUGCGUACCUCACCUUAUCAAGGAAGGACGUGCAGCUCUCGUUACCUCCUUUUGCAUGUUUAAGUACAUGGCUCUGUACAGCAUGAUUCAGUAUGUUGGUGUUCUGCUGCUCUACUGGGAGACAAACAGCCUUUCAAAUUACCAGUUUCUGUUCCAGGAUCUGGCCAUUACAACUCUUAUUGGUGUAACAAUGAAUCUGAAUGGUGCCUACCCCAAGCUGGUGCCUUUCAGACCUGCAGGACGGCUGAUCUCUCCACCUCUGCUACUCUCUGUGAUUUUCAACAUUCUUCUCAGCCUGGCCAUGCAUAUUGCAGGAUUCAUCCUGGUUCAGAGGCAGCCUUGGUAUUCCAUGGAGAUACACAGUGCCUGUACAGUGCAAAAUGAAAGCAUCUCAGACUUAACCCUGUCUCCAGCUGCUCCAGAAAAAAUGGAAAGUAAUAGUGCCUUCACAAGUUUUGAGAACACUACGAUCUGGUUCUUGGGAACAAUCAACUGUAUCAUUGUGGCUCUUGUGUUCUCUAAAGGAAAACCAUUUAGACAGCCAACCUAUACAAACUAUGUAUUUGUCCUUGUGCUGAUAAUACAGCUUGGUGUAUGUCUAUUCAUUCUAUUUGCUGAUAUACCAGAAUUAUAUAGACGUUUGGAUCUGCUCUGCACGCCCAUCCUGUGGAGGGUCUCCAUUGUCAUCAUGCUCAGCUUGAAUUUCAUUGUGUCCCUUGUGGCCGAGGAGGCCGUUAUUGAAAAUCGAGCCCUGUGGAUGAUGAUUAAAAGAUGUUUUGGCUAUCAAUCAAAAAGCCAGUAUCGGAUAUGGCAGAGAGAUUUGGCAGGUGACCCUAGUUGGCCCCCGCUGAACCAAACCUCCCACUCUGACAUGCCGGAGUGUGGCAGGGGCGUGUCUUACAGCAAUCCGGUAUUUGAGAGCAACGAAGAACAACUUUGAAGGACAUGUGAUGUCCAAGGUGAUAUUACAGAGAAACAAUGACAAAAGGGACCAGUUUCAUUGAUUUUAAGAAAUGAGUCUCUUGUAACAUCAGCUGGAGUUUCGGGGAUACCUGUCAAAUCAUGGUGACAGACUAAAGUCUGUUUGAUAAAAUGCUUUCUACAGAGAAGAACAUUGACCCAGAAGAGUGCUUUCCUCUUGGCUUGUGAAGGUAUUGGAGGCGUUCAGUGAAGGCAAGAAUGGGCCAAGAAUUGCUAUGGGCCAAGAGACAAGCAGGCUGAAGGGGAAAAAUAUGUGAUCUUUCUUCUUAGGACAGGACAAUACUUUCCUUUUUAUAAAAAUGAAUUAAGGGGAAGUAGUACUGUGUAUACUCAUGGAGUUGUAACAUGUUAAAGAGCAUUUUUGAAUUUUUACUUCAUCGAUGGAAAAACUAAUGCAUGGGAAACGUUACACCAAUCUUUACUGUCUGGGUUCCUUUCCUCUGUAGUGCUUUUCAGAUUUGAGGCUUUUUCUUCUGCUUCUGGCCUUACUCUACAUGUUAUUAAGGAUAAGCUCAGCCUAUGCUGCAAUAAAAAACACCUCUCAGAUAUCAGUGCCUUAACACACAAGCGCUUCUUCCAUGAUCCAGGUGACACUCUGGACCUGCUAUUCUUACAGCAGCGACUGCUUCAACCUGAUGGCUCCAUCAACUCGAUGCAAGGACUCUUGUGUUGACUGUGAUGGGGGAAGGAAUAGGCUGGAGAUCACAUGUGGACUCUUCACUGCCUCACCGCAAAAGUGGCACACAUCGCUUUCCCUACGCAUAUCUCGUUAGUCAAGGAUUGGGCCAGGGAGCUGGAAAGUGCAGUCUCCUGUGUUUAGGGAUGCUUCCUAGGCUUAUGAGCUGUCACUACACAGGGCCCCAAGCUUAGAAGGGCCCACACUUGCUUUCACACUCUGCCGUUUCCAUCUUAAAAUUCUUAAUUUUUGAACAAGGGUCCCUGUAUUUUCAUUUUGUAUCAGGCCCCACAAAAUGAUAGAAUUGAUCUGGGAUGUAGUCCUGGGAAGGAAAGGAAAAUAACAGAUCAGAGAACACUAGUGCUGUCCACUACAGUCCACUUCUCCUAACCCCAGUCACUUAUCCUACGUUUUAGGAACCUCUCAUGUCACGUGGCCAACUCCAGAAAUUUUCACUCCUCUGCUUUGUUAUUUUUGAGAAACAUUAGUGUCAUGCUACAGCAUUAUAUGGCACUAGUGAUGGAAGUUCUUACACAACCAGUACAUUUUUUUAAGUUUGUGACUUCAGUUUCCAGAAAACUAAAAUUUUCCUUGUUUUAUCACUGUUACAAUUUGGUUAUAUCUGAUUUGUUCAAAACAAGGAAGACUCAGGUUUCUGUUAGCUCAGGAGACAACACUGAACUCUAGGAGCACAUCUACACAUAAUGCUUUCAGGCAAAAGCAAAAUUUUUAUUCUGAGCAUCAAAUCCUGGGUGAAUGUUCUGAUCAGGGGAUAAGUGUCCUGGCCCAGGCUGGCUUUGCAACUUAUCAAUAGCAUUUGCAAGCAUUGCUUCCCCCUAAUUGGGCUUUUGAGCAUGGCUGAUGGCUCUGUGAUUGAAGCUGAUUCUAGGAACGUGGCAUCUCCCAGCCACGAGGGUACCCUGUUACUUCUGGGUAAAAGAAGGCAUGAAGAUAUUAAAAGAGGGCAUGAAGAUAUUUUAGUGUUUCAAGAUUGCAGAAUCAUUGUCUUUUUUGGUACACGAAGAAAUAUUUCCUUUUGCAAAGUCAGCCUCAGCAAUGAUAUGGCAGUUCUGAAUGUCCUUUUCUAAAAGUGUUUCUCAUUUUCCAAAAGUAGAGGGUUAUAGGCAGGGGCAAGCUAGAGAUGGUCUGCGACCUAGUCAUGAGCAAGAUGAGCCUGCACAGUUCACACUUCAGUGUGCCCUUUGCUAAGUGUGUUCACCUCCACUAGCUCACCUGAAUUGUACAAUUGUCCCAUGACUCAACAAGGAAGGGCUUAUCAUCUCCACUAUACAGACGAGAAAGCUGAGAUUCAGUAAUGGCAAGAGCAGAUCUAGGCCUCAAAUACAGACCUUCUGAGCAAAGCUUAUAUUGCUUCCAAACACUUCCUAAUUACGGAGCUCCAGCACGGCAGGUUGCUUAGUGUGAUCUCACAGUCACGCAAAGAAUGGGCAACUCUUUGCUAAUACCAGGCCCUCUGUUCAAAUGAAUGCCAGGCAUCCUGCCAGGCCUGGGCUAGAGGUGUGUUCAAAACAAAACAAAACAAAACAAAAAUAUGAUUGUCUUUCGGAGACUUUGAGUUGCUCUUGCCUUGGUCCUAAGUGAUUCUAUCCCUAGGAAAGGCUGGCAGGGAACAGGAAUGAAAGAAUCUAGUCCUCCACUAGCCAAGCAGCCAUAAAGUCUUUGGGAAAAGAGACUCAUUUUGAAGACUGUAUUCCUGGAACUAAGUACAUCUUAGAAGCAGUAAUUGAAGGAACAGGGAGUGCCUAGCCCAGAAUAAAACAGUCAGGGGACUGUGAAGGGUUGUCCUGAGAAAGAAGGGUCUGACUUGUGUCAGGUGACACGAGAAGGCAGAAUCAGGACGAGAGGGUAAAGAUCACAGCGGGGAUGGCUUCAGGCCAUCUGCCCUAACCACUGUCCUAACAGCCAGCUCUGACAGCAGUGGAAUGUGCUCUAUGACACUGGAGAAAUGAGUGGCUAUUCAAAGGUCAAGUAGAGAAGGAAGUCAGGUAUCAGAUGAAACUCAAUUACCUGCCAGAUCUCUUUCAAGCUUGAUACACCCAAUGUCUCAGUCUUAUGCUGUGAUGUGAAUCUUUUUGUUUUGAGAUGGAGUCUCACUGUGUCACCCAUGCAAGAGUGCAGUGGUGCAAUCUCGGCUCACUGC